CCGAAGGCUCCGACCCUCCGGGAGGCAGUUGUCGGCCGCAGGAGAUCGAUUGCGGUGCUAAACUCAUCCCAGUUCGUUUGCAUCACUACCUGCAUGUUGAGCGCCACCAGCGGCUCGUCAUGUCAUCCAAGAAUGUUGUAGUGACGCUCGAACUGGGUCACCGGGCAACUGUGCGGCAGCAGCGAGGAAAUGAAGUGUUCACACACGACUGGGAGGUGUUCGUCCACGGGACCAACGGGUCUCGUAUUGAUGCAUUUAUCGAAAAGAUUGUAUUUACUCUUCAUAAGAGUUUUUCAAAGCCUAAAAGAGUCGUAAAGUUCCCGCCAUAUAAAGUAUGCGAGAAAGGGUACGGCAGCUUCAAUCUUCCCAUUGAAAUCUACUUUAAAACCAAUAGUGCCGAAGAUACUCGUAAAGCCCAGUUUGAGUAUGACCUAUUCCUGCAACACGUCGAAUGUCCUCCCAUCAACCACAAACGAAAUGAGAAGCUCACAUUUCUUAAACCUUCAGAUGACUUUAGGAAAAAGCUGUUACAGGGUGGUGGGAUUAUUGUUACGGGCCAAGAGGACAGUAGUCAGGGGGAUAAGACUGCUGUCUCCCGACCCUCGAGCGGAGCCAAGAUCAAGCCGCACGCUGCCGUUCAACACCAACCGGAGACAGCCAAGAAGCACAAGCAUCAAAUUAUUAGAGAGCCUAAGGCAAAACCGGAAUCCAAAGUGUCUGACCAGUUCUCUGCCUUGUUUGGUGAGCCCAUAAAGAAAGUGACGGAUCAGAAGAAGACCAGUAAGGAGAAACCUCCCAAGGAGAAGGAAAAAGUGCCUGAUAAAGUUACUGAGAAGUACAAAGACAAAACUCCUGCAUCUAAAUCCAGUGAUAAAAAACCAAAGGACAAACACAAGAGUGAGAAAAGUUCUUCCUCCAAUGCUACGAGCGUGCCCCCUCCCCCCACCUCUUCCGAAGUGAAAGAAGAGAAACGUGAUAAAGUGAAGGAAAAGAGUCACAAAGACAAGCAUAAAAGAGAUAGAGAUAAGGAUAGAGACAAACACAAAAAGGAUAAAGACAGAGAUAAAGACUGUAAGAAGCAGAGGGAAAAGGAGACGACUAAACGAACCUCUUCCCCAUCGUCAAAACGUUCAGUAUCCCCUUCAUCAAAACGCUCAUCAUCUCCAGCCUCUAAACGGUCAUUAUCUCCGGCAUCUAAGCGAUCACUCUCACCCACCAGUAGUAUAAAAUCAGACUCUAGUGCAAAAAGGAAAAAAUGUGAACCAGAAAGUACAAAAAUAGUAGAGAAGCCUGUAGAAGAAAUAAAAGAAAAGAAAAAGGACAAAAAGAAAGACAAAGAAAAAAGAAGAGACAAGGAGGAGACACCAUCUGCAGAAGCCGAGAGAGAGAAACCUGCUGAUAAAGUGGUUGUCAAGGCUGAAAGCUCUACAAAAAUGGUUGCACCUGUUUUAAAAGAGGUGGUGCCUGUGAAAAGUGGAGACAGAAGUCCCACCAAGGAGAGAGCUAAGGUAGAACACAAAGCAAAGAAGAUUGUGCAUAAGGAAACUAUUAAGGAAGAGCCUAUAGCUGUCACUCCUCAGGUUGCAGUCAAGGAGAAGAAGAUAAAGGAAAAACCUGUGCCUGUUCCUACACCUGCACCUGUAAGAUCCAGAUCUUCUUCAAAAUCUACAUCACGAAGCCGUUCACCCACAGUUUCUGUUUCCAGAUCUCCUUCGCCUCCAUGUUCCCGCUCUUCUUCAAAAUCUUCACGGUCAAGAAGCCCUCCAUCACCAGCAUCGGUAGGCAGAGAAUCACCAUGCCCAUCACGCUCUGCGUCGAGGUCUCGAUCACCUGUACGUUCAAAAUCUCGAUCUCAUUCCAGAUCAAGCUCCGGAUCUCGAAGAUCAGUUUCGAGAUCACCAUCUGUAUCAAGGUCUAAAUCUAGGUCACCUUCUAGAUCACCUUCUCGGUCCAGAUCACCUUCUAGAUCACGAUCAAAAUCUAGAUCACGAUCAGUGUCAGUGUCUGGUAGUAGGUCACAAUCCAGCUCCCCUGCCAGAUCCAAGUCAAGAUCAGCUUCCAGGUCACCAACUGCUUCACCUAGCAGCAGUUCCAGUGGAAGUUCACCAUCACAUACGUCAGUAGCAGAGAUUCAGUCUCAGGUUCCUGUAACACGAACCGGGCCUCCACGACCACCACUUGCAGCUGGGGCAGAUUCCAGAGCAACAAAUCACCCUCUGAGUAUUAUGAUGAAAGACGUUAGUAGCUCUUCCAGUGAGAGUGAGGAACGAGUGGGUGAUGAAUGUAAAGGGCCAGUAAAGGUACCCCUUCGGUCCCCCUCUGAUACCAGUCGAUCUUCUCAUAUAGCAGCUGGCCAACAGGUAUCAACAACACCUCGGCAGAUUGUUAAGGAACCAAUUUUGUCUAGUGAUGAUGAAGCACCUCCUGUUAAAGAUAAUUCACGAGUUAGUGUCAAAAGAGAGACAAUUGCACGAAGACCUCCCCAGAGAGAGAAGAAGAAACGACGCACACAGCAAGAUGCCAACCCUACCACCACAAGCCUUCCAGUAGCCUCACCAAAAGAGACUUUAAAACCAAUAAAAGAAGAAAUCAAACAGGAGGACAUGAAGGGGGUGAAAGAGGAGCAACCAGUAGCAUCUCGAUUAACGCCUGAGUACCUUAAAGAACUGGUUGAGCUACAACACAAGAUCAUGAACUCUGUUGAUCGACACCAGCUACAGCAAGUAGUUGAUAUCAUAGCAGAACAUAGCAGCUUCCAGCUCACUCAUGCUCAUUUCAACUUUGAUCUGUGCUCUCUUGAUGCUCAAGUGGUGAAGCAACUCCAGGGAUGCUUCUCAUAGUGAUUAUUGAAACCAUGGAUUAUGUAUCUCAUUUUCCAUGGACAAAAGUGUUUGUAUAUUUGCUCUAAAUCCUUGGGCUGUUCAAAUCCUAGUGAUAGCAGCAAUAUUGACUCAAUGGUCUCUAUUGCUGCAGAUGUUGAGUAGUACUUGAUAGCAGCGGCAUUGACUCAAUGGUCUCUACUGUUGCAGACGUUGAGUUGUACGAUGGAAGUGUCACCAGGAAAUUUGGUUUAAUAUUUAUCUGUGAACUGGACCAUCUAUAGUCUGUGAUCUCGGCCCUCUCCCAGCACAUCCUCUUAUACAGAUAUUUAUGUUCUCUCUCUGUCAUUGGCAGUGUUGCAUGACUCUUGUGUUUCUUUUACCUCCAGCAGCUGUUUGGUUGUUUUUAACAUUUUUAUGAAACUGUCAGUCGGUCUGUAAAAUAUUUAUUUUAACACAGAUGCUCUUUUGGUCGUUCGACCCUAAUUUUUUGGUGAUAAUUAUUUAAAAAUUAUUGUUUUUAAAAUCUUGUUUUUCAAUGUUUCAACCAAAAUAUUGUCCUUAAAAAAAUUUGUUUGACUGUUGACGGUAUUUUUACAAUUAUGGUUCUGUAAAGAUAUGGAGCUGAAUCGAGGAAGUUCGUGGUUGUUGAUACCUUAGUGUAGCAAGAUUAAUGUGCAAUUUAUCUUACUUUGACCGACAAUGACAAUGGACGUUUUGUUUGAUUAACUCAUUCUUGGAAAUUACCUUUGAAUCUCAGAGUUUUUAUAGUGUUUUCCAUCAAGGGCUAACCUUAAUCCUUGUGUUUUGUACAUUUGUAUGAUAAUUUAUGCUGAAUAUGUCAUGACUUUCUAUUGUAACUAUUUUUCAAUGAUUUGUUAUUGUUGUUGUAAGCUUCUGUGUUGCGUGCUCUGUGUGUUUAAGUGACACCCAGAAGGUUGUGUAAAUGUGUUUGACACCCAAAAGGUUGUGUAAAUGUGUAUAAGUGUGCAUGUUUGUUGUAUAAGUGUAGGUGUACAUGUUUGUUGUGUGAAUGUAUGUAAAUGUGCAUGUUUGUUGUGUGUAGAGAAGCAAGAGUUGGAAGUUGACUAAACCAAACCUUUGUGGUGGCAAUUGUACACAUCAAAGAUAAAUAAAAUGUAUUUUCUCAUUUU